GUCGCCAGCGACCGGAGCAUGGGACGGCGCUCCUGAAAAGAGCAGGCGUGAGGCAGGGGCCUGGGACCCCGAGAGGAAAAGAUAGAAAGGGGCCAGAGAGCAAAGGAAGAGGAUGCAACUGACUCGCUGCUGCUUCGUGUUCCUAGUGCAGGGCAGCCUCUAUCUGGUCAUCUGUGGCCAGGAGGAUGGGCAUCCUGGCUCAGAGGACCCUGAGCAUGAUGACCACGAAAGCCAGCCCCAGCCCCGGAUGCCUCGGAAGCGGGGCCACAUCUCACCUAAGUCCCGCCCCCUGGCCAACUCCACUCUCCUAGGUCUGCUGGCUCCACCUGGAGAGGCCUGGGGGUUCCUUGGGCAGCCCCCCAACCGCCCGAACCAUAGCCCCUCGCCUUCCGCCAAGGUGAAGAAGAUCUUCGGCUGGGGCGACUUCUACUCCAACAUCAAGACGGUCACCCUGAACCUGCUUGUCACGGGGAAGAUUGUGGACCACGGGAACGGGACCUUCAGCGUCCACUUCCGACACAACGCCACUGGCCAGGGCAACAUCUCCAUCAGCCUCGUGCCCCCUAGUAAAGCCGUAGAGUUCCACCAGGAGCAACAGAUCUUCAUUGAAGCCAAGGCCUCCAAAAUCUUCAACUGCCGAAUGGAGUGGGAGAAGGUGGAACGGGGUCGCCGGACCUCCCUCUGCACCCACGACCCAGCCAAGACCUGCUCCCGAGACCACGCUCAGAGUUCAGCCACCUGGAGCUGCUCCCAGCCCUUCAAAGUCGUCUGCGUCUACAUCGCCUUCUACAGCACGGACUACAGGCUGGUCCAGAAGGUGUGCCCAGAUUACAACUACCACAGCGAUACUCCUUACUACCCCUCCGGCUGACCCUGAGCAGGCCACAGAGGCCAGGCCGGGCCGGGCCUGGAAGGACAGACCUGCCCACGCAGGAGGCCAUCUGUCUGGACACUGGGCAGGGAAGGGGAGGGGCCUCAGGCAGGGAAUGGGAUGGAGGGAAGGAGGCGCCACGCUGGGCCAGGGCCAAGUCUCACGUGGCGGGGAAGGGGUCUCAAGUGCUGGCCCCAUCCUGAGGUUGUGGAGCGACGAGGGCACAGGUGCACUGGAGGAGGAGUGGGUUCUCCAUGUAGCCUCACAGGGUGUCCCCACUGAGCCACAGGUGGGUGCUGUGUCCAGGAAGCCCCUGGCGCUGGCAGACCAGCGUGGCCUCAAUAAAGCAUGGAGAGGAGCCGGGAGCCUUGGCUCCCUCCCUGCCAUCCUGAGACAGGACAGCAACGAGGAGAGGGCUAUUCCAUCAGCAUGGACGCCAAGGAGGUUGGGAGGGGUGGCGGAAGUGGGCCUCCUGGGAGCCAGCACCGGGGGCGGAGAAGGAGGAGCUCUCCAGCCCACUCAGUGGGCAGCCUUGAGCCCCUUUUGCUGGACUGUGGGCUGAGCUCCGCUUGAGACUGAAGUGGUGACUUUGGAGUCUUUGAUGUCGUGACAUAUAGAUCAUCUGCCAUCUGCCCCCAGCCUGGCCACCCCUUUCCAAAAUGUCCUCUCCUGCUGUUGUUCCCCCACCCCUCCUCAUGCUGAUGGGACAUCCUUCCUUCAGCUGAGACAGGGGGUGAUCAUGGUUCCCCAGCACCAGGGCCAUAGUUGGAAGUCCCCCUGUACCGCUGUGCACCCCUCCUCCAACCCACCCCUCCACUGCUGGCUCCUCUGGGAGCAUCCUUGUCCAGCGAGCCACCUUUCAAUAGUCAGUCUU